CAUUGAUUGUUUUCAAAACAAUACAUUUUCGGUUUUGUAAAAAUAUAAAAAAACUUAAUAGAUAUUCAAUAAAAACGGAUUUUCUAAAUACGUGAUCUUGUAAAUAAUACAUUAUGGUUUCUAAUCCAGAUGAAAAACCAGCCGAAGUGAAUGUGCAGCAAGCAGCUAGAGCAAAAUUACGUGAAAACUUUCUAAGCGCGUUGUGUGAACUACAAGGUAAAUCCGUCAGUAUCCUCACAUAUGAGCAGUCUACCCUCGAAGCUACAUUCUCUGCGUGGAAGCCAGAUGGUUCCGAGCUCCUUGUUAAAGACAUGAUGACUCCUGCUUCUUAUAAAGUCCCUUCUGCGAUUUUACGGACACCAGAUUUAAUAGCAAUAGAAUUCACAGAACCUGUGCAGUUACCAUGAUAAAGUUUAAAAUUAAGUUAUCUUAUGUAUAAAAUAUGUGUAAGCGGUUACUUUUUUGAAUACAUCAGUUUUUCCUAAAUAAUAUAAUAUAACAUGCUUUUAUUCCUAUUUUGAGUUACUUAAACAUUUCACAAUCUUUGUUAAAAUGGCAUAGUAUUUUGAUUACAAAGAAGUCUGAAUUUUAUUAUGCAGCUUUGUUUUCUUAAAAUUACUGUACUGAAUAGAUUUUUGGAGUGAGUCGAUAAACACAGACCAUUACUGACAGCUACAGAGAAAAAAUAAGAAACUAUAAUUUGAGUUGGUGAUAUCAAGAACUGCAUGGAAACUGUAAAAUAUGAAAUUAGCAAUUUACAUAAAUGUAAUGUUUGGAGUCUUACUAUUACAGUGGUUAAGAGUAUGACGUAUUCUAUGUUACAAACAUUAACUGAAAUACCUCAUCUCAUCAUAUAUUUUUCUGGAACUUUAAAGCUUUGCUUAUUUGAAAAUUAAAUAAAAUUGUGCCUUUUACAACUUGAGUUUAAAAGUGUACUUGAAAUGGUCUUUU